ACCAAGACUACUAGCUAGCUAGCUAGCGUGUUAGGUACUAGUUCUUCACCAAUGGCUGAUUCAGGCUCAGCCUCUUCCAGGAGAAUGUGGUGCUCCUUCCCCGAACGACUUCAGCUGCAUGUGGCCAUGUUGGCCCUGCAGUUUGGUUAUGCUGGAUUCCAUGUGGUCUCAAGAGCUGCCCUUAACAUGGGCGUUAGCAAACUUGUUUUCCCAGUUUACCGGAAUAUAAUUGCUCUUCUCCUUUUACUUCCUUUUGCCUACUUCUUGGAAAAGAAGGAGAGGCCUGCCAUUACUCUAAAUUUACUCCUACAGUUCUUUCUUCUGGCACUUGUCGGGAUUACAGCCAACCAGGGCUUCUACUUGCUUGGCUUGGACAACACAACCCCAACCUUUGCAUCAGCGAUACAGAACUCUGUCCCAGCCAUUACAUUUCUCAUGGCAGCCAUACUCAGGAUAGAGCAAGUGCGUCUGAACCGAAAGGAUGGGGUAGCCAAGGUGGCGGGAACGUUAUUCUGUGUAGCAGGGGCAACUGUAAUUACACUAUACAAGGGUCCAACGAUAUACAGCCCAAUUCCACCUCUGAAUUCAAACAACAUCACAGCACAAGUAUUUGGGUCAAUCUCAUCAUCAUCAUCAUCAUCACUGGGAGAUGCAAAGGAAAAGAACUGGACCCUUGGAUGCCUCUACCUUAUUGGGCAUUGCUUGUCCUGGUCUGGUUGGCUCGUCUUGCAAGCACCAGUCCUGAAGAAGUACCCAGCUCGCCUCUCUGUCACUUCCUAUACAUGUUUCUUUGGUCUCAUCCAAUUCCUUGUUAUUGCUUUGAUCGUUGAAAGAGAUGCUCAAGCUUGGAUUUUCCACUCUGGUGGAGAAGUUUUCACUAUUUUAUACGCGGUUAGUAUAGUAAUUAACUAUUUACGUUUCUGUAUUGGUGGAAAGACCAGUACUUUUAUGAGAAAUGAUUACUUGUCGUUGGAUAUGCCAAUAGACAGUGAUGUGUUCCGUGUGCCUCCUGGUUACAAUGCUCCUCAGCAGGUGCAUAUAACACAAGGAGAUCAUGUGGGGAAGGGUGUGAUCAUCUCUUGGAUUACCCCAGAUGAACCCGGCUCAAGUACCGUGAUUUAUUGGGCGGAAGACAGCAAAUUCAAAUGGCAAGCAUAUGGGUUUUUUCUUACCUACAAAUACUUCAAUUACACCUCUGGUUAUAUUCAUCACUGCACUAUUCAGAAUCUGGAGCUUGACACCAAAUAUUACUAUGAGGUUGGAAUAGGGAAUACCACUCGACAAUUCUGGUUUAAAACUCCUCCUCCUGUUGGCCCUGAUGUUCCUUAUACAUUUGGUCUCAUUGGGGAUUUAGGCCAAACUUAUAAUUCCAACAAGACGCUUACCCAUUAUGAAUUAAGCCCAGCGAAAGGCCAGACAAUACUGUAUGUGGGGGAUCUCUCUUAUGCUGAUGACUAUCCAUUUCAUGACAACACGAGGUGGGAUACCUGGGGAAGGUUCACUGAGAGAAUUGCUGCCUAUCAACCUUGGAUUUGGACUGCAGGAAAUCAUGAAAUUGAUUUUGCUCCGGAACUUGGAGAAACUAGACCAUUCAAGCCUUAUACUUCUCGUUAUCAUGUACCGUACAAAGUAUCAGAUAGUACAUCUCCAUUGUGGUACUCUAUCAAGAGAGCUUCAGCAUACAUCAUUGUUAUGUCUUCUUACUCAGCUUUUGGUAAAUACACUCCUCAAUACAAAUGGCUUGAAAAGGAGUUACCCAAGGUGAACAGGACUGAAACACCAUGGCUGAUUGUUCUCAUGCAUUGUCCAAUAUAUAGUAGUUAUGUGACUCACUACAUGGAAGGGGAGACCGUGAGAGUAAUGUAUGAGAAGUGGUUUGUGGAGUAUAAAGUGGAUGUUGUAUUUGCUGGUCAUGUUCACGCUUAUGAACGAUCUGAACGUGUAUCAAAUAUUGCAUAUGAUAUUGUAAAUGGGCUGUGCAGACCCAUUAAUGACCAAUCUGCCCCAGUUUACAUAACAAUUGGAGAUGGAGGAAAUUUAGAAGGACUGGCUACUGACAUGACAGAGCCCCAGCCCAGCUACUCAGCAUACCGAGAAGCCAGUUUCGGCCAUGGGACUUUUGAUAUAAAGAACAGAACUCAUGCCCACUUUAGUUGGAAUCGUAAUCAAGAUGGAUAUGCGGUGGAGGCUGAUUUUAUAUGGUUGCACAACAGAUACUGGAGUCCCCCAGAAGAAUCAUCAUCUCUUGCUAUAAAAUAAUCGAGACAAGUAGUGUGGAAUUAGUUGAUGACGUGUAAACUACCUAGAAUGUGUAAUUAGUUGAUGACGUGUAAACUACCUAUGUAUUACAAUGCCCUAGGAAUGGUUGGGACCAUUUUAUAGUUUGUCAUAUAUAUUAGUUUCUUCCCACGUAAAUUUUUAUAUUCUGUCAUAAUUCAAUGCAAUUUUAU